AUGGCAAAAAUGACCGAUCAGGACGCUUUCACAAUCCAAAAGACAAUCUUGCAGAUGGAGUUUCCGUUUAUCGUUCUCAAGUCACUCCAGUUUGCUCUAUUCCGCACAUACGGUAUCCCAACUAUAUCAACCCUCCUCCUAAAAACAUCCCAAUUUUCCGACCCAGCAACAUCCUUCAAACGAUACGCCGACACAGGCACCCUAAUCGGCGAAUUCAUGGCCUUCGACCCCAGCUCCGAACGAGCUCAAACAGCCAUCGCCCGCACCAAAUUCCUACACCAGGGCUAUCGAGCCAGCGGCAAGAUCCUCGAAUACGACAUGCUCUACACACUCAGCCUCUUCGCACUAGAACCAAUCAGAUUCGUCAAGAUGUACGAAUGGCGCGAGAUGACAGAAAUGGAACGGUGUGCUGUGGGCACGUACUGGAAAAGUCUUGGUGAUACCCUUGGUAUUAGUUAUGAGACAUUGCCAUCGGGCAAAACGGGGUUCCGGGAUGGAAUUCACUGGUUGGAAGAGAUUAAGGAGUGGAGUCUUGGUUACGAAGUGAAGCAUAUGAAGCCUCAUCCGAGGAAUAAGGAGAUUGCGGAUCGAACGAUUGAUGUGUUGGUUUAUACUCUGCCGAGAUUUAUGAAGCCGUUGGGUGUUUACUUUGUGUCUUUCUUGAUGGAUGAGAGACUCCGAAGUGCAAUGAUGAUCGAUCCCCCACCGGCCAUCUUCAGAGUCAUUUUCUCCGCGGCGUUCCAACUGCGCAAGUUGUUUUUACGCUACCUGGCCCUUCCCCGUCCAAACUUCAUGCGUCUAGAUGUCUUCACGGAGAAGCCGAACAAAUAUGGACGGAACUACGUUCUGUUCUACGAGGGUGCACCUUUCUAUGUGCAGCCCACCAUUUGGAAUCGGUGGGGACCCGUGGCUUGGUUUAAGUGGGCUCUUGGCCAGCCACUGCCCGGUGACGAUGGGGAUAAGUAUUAUCCUCAGGGAUACUACACGCCUGAUUUGGGGCCAAAGUAUUUCGAGGGUAAGGGCUGGAAAGAAGUCGAGGCUAUCAAAGAAAGUAUCAAACAGCAGCGGUUGGGCCAGUGUCCGUUUCCAUGA